AGGAUCCCCACAACUGAACAAAAUAGUUUAAAAAAAAAAAAGCUAAACUGAGCAGAACUCAACUCAUAUGAAUUAAAACACGAACAAGUUUUUUUUUUUACACCACAUGAUCAAACUGUUGAACACAGUAACAAGAAAUCUCAACAAUGUUUUGCUAUGGUAUUUUUGACAUUACUAAUUUUACAGACUGAUUUAUAUUCCCUUUUAUCAUACAAGAGACCUUUGCUAUUCCAGGAAUAAAUGUUCUUGUGCUGAGCAGAAAUUUCCAGGAUCUAUAGCAGAUAUAAAUACUCCUUGCUCCAAAACGCACAACACACUCAGGAACAGAGAUUGCAACCAAAACUGCAGAAGAUGAACAUUAUCAACAAAAUGUGGUUUUCUCUAACUGCACUGGUCGCAUGGACCUGUCUGGCAGAUGUGUCUCAAAGGAUAAAAUGCUCUUUCCCAGCCUCCAGGUCAGCAUCAAACCGUUACAGGCGAAUGGUUGGGGGGACCCUGGCCCCUCAUGUCCCCUGGCAGGCCAUGGUCUACAUUGCUGACAGUGUGCUAGACGGAGGCUAUGCUGGUGGUGCUCUCAUCUCUGACCGCUGGGUUUUGACGGCUGGCAGGAACCUUUUUAUCAGGAAGAGUCGACAGGACAUUCAGGGAAAACAUCCCAUUAUCCCUAAAGUGUACCUGGGAAUCACACGACUGUCGGAAGCUAAUGCCGCCAGAGAGGUAGCAGUAGAGAAGAUUGUUCUCCAUCCAGGCUUCCAGAACCAUUCUGACUGGGACAACGACCUGGCUCUGAUCCAGCUGAAGGAGCCCGUGGUUAUGAGCAAUAAAGUGACCCCCAUCCCCCUGCCUGAGAGAGGCCAGGACCUGGCUGACACCAUAGGCGGGAUGGGGGUCAUCACCGGCUGGGGCUGGGGGAUCCAACUUACCCCUUCUACAUCACUCAAAUUCCUCAAACUCCCCCUGGCCAAUCAUUCUGACUGUAAAGAAGAAUAUAAAAAUAUCGUUUUCACACCAGAUGUAGAUGACAACAUGAUCUGCACAGGACGUACAAAGUAUGAGGAAAAUGUUUGUUUUGGUGACGCAGGAGGCGCUCUGGCUGUAACAGACGCUGAAACUGGGGACAUCUAUGCUGCAGGGAUCCUUUCCUAUGACAAGGGCUGCAGCAGGUACGACUAUGCAGUCUACAUGAAGAUUUCCUCAUAUUUACCCUGGAUCCACAGUGUCAUCAGAGGAGACACAGAUAAAUCGCCUGCUCUGCGCUCUGAUGCCAUGUCUAAGAUGUACUCCAGGCAGCCGUAGAGCAUCAGGCUCUGUUCUGUUGAUUUUGAAAAGAAAAUCAUUGUAGUGUUUUGACUCAGUGAAUUUUAUUAAAUCCUUGUAAUGUAACCAUUGCAGUGUUCCAUCUCUGUAAUAUUGUUAAUGAAAGAAGUGACAAAAUUACACUUAUUGGAUGAAUUCUAGUAAAUAAAUCCAGUAUUUGCAGUUUUUUUUUUUUGCCAUCAUUCACACAAAUUGUCUUCC